GCCAUGGCCUCCCGGACGGUGCCCUCAAGACCUGACAUCGAACUUGCCGACGGUCCCUCGGACGCCGUCGGCGCCCUCGCCUUUUCGCCCGCGGCCAACCACCUUGCCGUCGCGUCGUGGGACUCCAAGCUUCGCAUCUACGACCUCACCCAAUCGCAUACUGGCCAAGGCAGAGCGUUGAUCUCGUUCGACGGUCCCGUGUUGGACUGUCAAUGGCUGAAGGAUGGCCACAACGUCGUUGGCUCGAGCGCAGAUAAAACGGCCCGCCUUCUGAAUAUAGGCACCGGCGCUACCCAGCAAGUCGCCGCUCAUGACGAGCCAAUCAAGUGUAUCCGUGCCUUUGAGGUCAACAAUACGGAGAUGAUCGUGACUGGCUCGUGGGACAAGACCAUCAAGUAUUGGGACUUGCGGCAGCAAAGUCCGGCAGCCACUGUCGAGUGCAAGGAACGCAUCUACUCCAUGGAUGUCAAAGCCAAACUGCUUGUCGUUGCAACCGCUGGUCGCUGGCUGCAGGUUGUGAACCUUGACAGCCCUACCACCAUCUACAAGACUGUGCAGAGCCCCUUGAAAUGGGAGACACGCGUCGUGAGCUGUUUCAACGACGCUUCUGGAUAUGCCCUCGGUAGCGGGGAGGGCAGGUGCGGGUUCCAAUACGUCAACGACAAAGACUCCAGCCUGAAUUUCACCUUCAAAUGCCAUCGCGACGCUCCUAUCAACGCUACUACCAAGGUCUACUCCGUCAACGCCAUUUCUUUUCACCCCGUCCACGGCACUUUUAGCACCGGAGGUGCAGAUGGGACCUUCCAUUUCUGGGAUAAAGAGUCGCACACGCGAUUAAAGGCAUUCAAACCUGUUGGGGGCUCCAUCACCGCCUCAGCCUUUAAUGCCGAUGGUACCAUUUUCGCUUAUGGGAUUGGCUAUGACUGGAGCAAGGGAUAUAGCUUCAACAACCCACAGUAUCCUUUGAAAGUUAUGCUGCAUCCGGUCAAAGAAGACGAGUGUAAACCGAAGAAGAAGUAG